AUGGAAGAGAAUUUGGAGGAUUGCAUUUGGGGCAAGUCCGAUUGGGAUGCAUACACGAAGGAACUGGUUGGAGCAAUUAGAAUCAAUGAAGCAGAUCUUUUGGGAAGAAUUAAUGUUGUGAAAGAGAAUGUUGGUCGACGGAUUCGGGAAGCUGUUGAGCAACAUCAUCCUCGUUUGGUGGAACAGGCAAGCGCUGUGCAGAAUUUGGAUCGUGUACAAGCAACUAUCAACCGUGAGAUGUCUCAUCUGUAUAAGAAAUGUAAAGAACUGGGUGAAAAGUUUCAGUCUGCGUAUGAGAAAAUAUGUCAUACAACAAGUAGACUUGAACAGCUAUAUGCAUUAAGGCAGAUUUUGGCGUCUGCUGACAGAUGCAAACAACUUAUUGGGAAACUCGGAAAUACGACUGAAUUGGUGAAACGCUCAGAGAUAAUUUGUGAAUUAGAAGCAGUCACAACCGAAAUACCAUUUUUGAAAGACUUGAACAAUAUGCGUGAAAUGGUCUUGGUCUUGAUACCUAAGCUAACUGCCGAAGCCAGAAAAAGCACAACCAGUCAUCUAAGAUCAUCGCUUGAAAGUCUCAGUGCACCACUCGUUUCUUCAUGCGCUCGCGCACUGAACAAUCUGUCAUCAUAUGAAUCUGAGAUCAGUCGACUUUUGGAGGAAAAUGUCAAAAGCUUAGAUAACCAGCUUUUACAGCUUAAUAGUAGCACUAUAAUGGUGACAAAAUUUCUUCCUCAGAUAGCAAAUCAGAUUCAGACUCUAGAUAUUUCUGUUUUGCAGAUGUCACUAGAACAGUAUUCCUUGUUAAGCAUGAGAAUUACUACAGAAUUUUGUGAAAAGCUUGCGAAAGUGAUUUCAAGACGUAUUUCCGAAAACGCUUCAUAUGCUACUCGUUUUGUGCAAAUUCUUUCCAAAGUUAUAUCUAUAUAUCCCGCUAAUGCUGUACAGCCCUUGGAUCAAAGUCUUCGACCUCUACGCAGAGCUAUAUUGUCUCAUUCUCUUAGCAGAAUGUUUAAAGCAGUUGAUAACGCUUUUGGAGAAAAUGAUUUAACGAAUUUGUCUGUGGAAAAAAUUGACUCUGCAAUUAAAGAGGAGUUGGAAGGCGUGGAAUGGGAUGCACAGCUGAGUAGAGAAAUGGAGGUGAAUGUGGCAAAAGUGCUCCAAUUAGUUGCACAAAAGAUUGAACAACACCUUGUCUUAGAUUCACCGACGCUUCAAAUGAGUGAACGUCUUAGCACUGCGCAGGUACAAAAUUAUGCUUUAGUCUCUGUGGCACACAUAUUAAGUUUAUCCUGGCCGGAGCACAAUGAACCUUUAAUACGAAUCUCGCAGCAAAUUCGAGAAGCACUAAUGGAUGUGGCACGUUCAUCUGUUUUCACAAUUUUGUUAUCAAUGCAUUACGAGAAGUUAGGUGACCCAUCUCCAUAUUAUAUUGCCACUCAUGGUCUUUCGUUAUACAGUGUACAGUCUUCUCUCAUGCCUGUUGUACCCCGAUUUGUUGACGCUUUCAAGCUGUCCCCAGAACAGUUAGUGCAAUCGGAAUCAUUGCCCUUUUGGUUUGUUGUACAGUUAUUGAUAAGUAUGAGUGAGGGGACGCUGUUGUCGCCACAUAUAUCGGCUAAUUGGUCACUGGAAGAAUAUUUAAAAUGGUGCUUAGAUCACAGCGCAGCAGAUCAUAAACAAGGUGAUAAAACCAUAGAACAGGAUGAAGAGUGGGAAUCGAAAACCGUGAUAAUGGAGAUUGAUGGCAUAAUGGAUGUGAACACAGCACGACAGGCUUUGAAUAGAAAUGACAGUGCUAUACGUCGAUGCAACAUGGAGAAUCCUAUACUGCAAAUCUCAAAUUCUCUCUUCACAGCUGAAUGGAAUUCCAUUAUAGGCACUGACAUGAUUUUCAAAUUAGAAGAGAAGCAGCUUCGUUUUGUUGAGUGUUCGGAUGUUAGAUUGAAAGCUGAAAAAGCUCUGGUCAUUGAUAAUGAUGACAAGUAA